CAACAUCAUCAUUGGAGACGCUGCUGCAAUACGAUGACAACUACUGUUGAGGACCCCGAGUUCCCGUGCUCCUUGACGGUGCAUAUCCCAUUUCCCAGCAAUCGCCUGGCCGCCGCUGCGCUUCGAACCCUCUCUGUCGACCAAGAGUUGUCGCCGUUAGUCAAGAGGCAUUUCAGCCUGGUAGCGCCCGUUUCGCAUAUCGACAGCGAGCCCCAAAAGGCGCCCUUCGAGGUUUCGCUAUGGGACACUCCACCCGUGCAGUCCGCAGAGGCUCCGUCGACGAUAGUCAGGCCUGCAGGCGGCGAGCCAGAUGAUGAGAAGACAGUCCUGAAGACGGAGUACAAAGCGACCACGAAUCGAAUGCUGCGCGUGUCUGUGAACGGCUUCUUCGAAUCUUUGGGUACUGUUGUGCAAACCAUGGAAGAGCUUGACCUGGAUGUUGUACAUGCGAAGGGUUUGGAGAGCUUAGAAGGUGCUCAAGGAGUCGAGCAAGGCAUGACGGGCAGCACUGGGUGAAUGUGCAGCUACGCGCUUUGCGUUGAGAUUGCCAGGCGCGGUCAUUUUUGAAGAUAAGAAAGCCUUGCACGUUAUGCUGGUCCUAUCAACAGACCCUAUAUUCCACUGCAGAACCAUCAUAGCCUCCGGUGUUCUGUGGUAUGAUGGCUUGUCAAUCAUUUCUGCCCGCCUGUGUUGCACUGAGCUCGACAGGUGAAGUUCCAACACGGGAUUGCAUCCAGUAUAAGUCCUGCUGAACCGCACUCUGUAAGCUAUCAUAAAGCACCAUCACCUCGCAUUGGUCAUAUAUCGAGCUUUAUUUCUC